GAGUGCAAUCGGGAAGGAAAAAGCCCUUUAUCAUAUAAAAAGGAAGAAAGGAAGGGAACUGGCAGGAGGAAGUGUGAGGAAAGGAAAGACUCCACCUGCUUAACCUUUACGACUGAUUUUCCCUUUCCCCCGAACGGCCUUCUCACGGAUAGAUGGAAGCGAGAGCGGGGGCGAAAACUCGUUAAUUUUUUAUUAUUUUUUAUUAUUUUUUUUUUUUCUUGAGGUGGGAGAAAGGAAGGAAAGAUGGCGUACCAAUCUCAUGAACAACAUCACCAGGGGGAUCAAUAUCCCCAGGCCGCUUACUCCCCCCAAGCCAAUGGGAACACGCAAUCGCAUGGCUACCCGCAAGAACCGCAGCAGCUUCACCACGGCGGGUACAACUACAACCUAGACCAGUCUAAGGGAAUGGGAUAUGUUCCACCGCCGCCACAGGGACAUCCCCAGCAUCACGGUCCGCAGAAAUGGGAGCAUGGGUUGUGCGGGUGCUUUGAUAAGUGCGGGGUUUGUAAGUGCACCGACUGAACCGGGCCGGCGGGAAGAGAGGGAAACCUCGACUUUGGAUAUAUAUGGAGAAGGACCAACAUUGGCUAAUUUUAUCCUUAAGGUUGCACUGGUUGGUGGUGUCCUUGCAUCCUCUUUGGAAGGACCAGGUAUCGUCUGCACAAUCCUACGAUGGACGGGUAUUCGUGCUGCAAUGGAGGGGUAAAUUGUCCCGCAUUACUUUUUCUUAUAUUAUUCGUGGCUCCCGGCAUUUUUUUUUUCUAACCCGGGUUCGUUUUUAGUGCAUGGGAUACGCUGCCCUUUUCACGUGCCUACCUCCGUUCAACUUCAUUCUCGGCACGAUGCAACGUGGUGAGAUCAGGCGAAAAUAUAAUUUAGAGGGUAGUGGCUGCGGGGAUUGCUGCAAGACAUACUGCUGUGGGUGCUGCGCCCUCAUCCAGGAAGAGAAUGAAGUAGUAUCAAGGGCCAAAAAGACGCAAGCCAUGGGGGGCGGUUACCAAGCCCCUGGGGGCAUGUAUUAUGGGCAUUGAUUCUCUAGUCUAUUUCAUAUUUAGCGUCUGGAUUUUCGGUUUACGUUAUGGAAUUUUUUCAUUACCACUGCUUCAACUUUUGCUCUUUUUAUAGCUUUAUUUUCUUAAUAUCAAUCUUAAGCUUGUGAUUGUACACGCAUGGGUGCAGUCCCCCGAAUUUCUGUUUUUAGACUAUCAUUUUCCACUCCUCGCACAUUCAGUCUUACCCCUCUUGCCAAGGUGUUACGACUGAAGGCUAUCGAGGCUGUCUAGCACCUCUUGUGCAAAAGGUUGUCCUUAAUCUCGGAAAGUGGACAAAGGGUAAAGCAUGCAGCAGGCUGCCCGGGAUUUCAAGAAAGUCUUAACCCGGGUGAAGCCUUCACAGACUAGGCUGGCUCAGUCCUGCAGAGAUAUCCUAGGUUCUGCAAUUAUCUUCCGAUAGUACCUGAGUAGUG